AUGCCUCGCGGGUUCCUUACAGUGACUUUCCACCCAUCCUCGCUCCUCCCCGAAGUCGAGUUGCGCGAGAAGUACGAAGGCGAACAUAUCUCCCUACACGAGUUCCUCUCCGGCGCGCGAUAUCGUACUGUUGAUUUCUCAGAUUCCAUGCCGUACGGCUCAACCCACCCCGAAUGGCUCGCGAUAUACGAGAUCAACGACACGGCGACGUUCUCCAAGCCGGCGUACAUGUCGUUGAGGGAACAGACGUUUGCCUUUGGACAGGAGCUGGGCGAAGGAUGGACGAGGGAGGAGGUGGAGGUGUUGUUGACUGGGACGGACAGUACUGGUGAGGGAGAAAGAAGGCCGACAGGGAUGAAGCCUGUAAAUCGCUCGGAGUGGGUUGUUACACAUGGCCUCGGUGUCGGGGAGAAGGCUGAGGAUGAAGGGGUGAGGAACUGGGCCGAAGACGUGAUUACCGGUCUGGGUCAACAGGCUCGUGUGCACCCUGAGGGGAAAGGUGUACCGCCUUAUCUCGUAGUUUAUGAGUAUCUGCAGAAUGCAUCGACGAAGCAAGCAUGCGGACGCUAA